AUGAACCAAAAAGAACACUGGGAAACGCUACGAAGCUCGAUCCAGAAGUCAAUCGACAGCCUCACAGUCGAAAACGUACAGGUUGUUUCCAAAGAACUUCUCCUGGUAAACAUUCUCCGCGGCCAAGGCCUUUUUUGUCGGUAUCUCAUCGAGAAGGCUCUUCCAAAUCCAAAAAGAUGCCCUGAAUACGCUUCUUUGGUCAGUGUAAUUAAUUCACAGUUUCCAGAAAUAGGAGAGCUUCUAGGGGUCCGUCUAGCUGUUCUCUUUAAAAAGUUCUACGUGGACAAUGAGUAUCUGAAAGUAACCUCAUCUAUUGCGUUCAUCUGUGAACUCACACUACAAAAUGUAUUAAGCGAGGUUUUGACGCUACAAAUACUUCAAGUUCUAUUGGAUAAGCAGCCAUCUCCGGACUCCGUGCGUGUUCUGGAACAGAUCUUGCUUCGUGUCGGAGGAAGGCUUUUGGAGACAUCAAAUGCGGCAGCGAACGUGGUUUUUGAUCGACUUCGGAUGUUGUUACAAUUGGGCAAAUUUAAAGGUGCUACUUUGAGGCGGAUCGGCGAACUUUUGCGCUCGCGGCGUGAUGGGUUGACUCUGAAAUUAGACCCCAGACUUGAUGUCGUUCCAGAGGAAGACAAAGCAUGCUGCUUGGUUGACAUUACCGGAGAACUAGAUCCACAAACGCAUCUCAAUUAUUUUAGAGAGGACCCGGAGUUUGAAGAUACCGAGAGGCAGUAUGAAGAGAUGAAAUCAGAGUUUUGGCCUGAGGAAGAAAGCGCUGUUGAAGUGAUCCAGGAGCAGCCACAGGUAGAGGAAAAAGUCACAGAUAUGACUGAUGCACAACUCAUUCAAAACCAGAAAUCCAUUUAUCUCACCAUCAUGUCCAGUAUGUCUGCCGAUGAGGCGGUGCACAAGCUUAUGAAGUUGCAACGCCGAGAGAAAUUGGAUGAUGAAGUGCUUAUAGAUAUGAUUGUCAAGUGCUGUGCACAAGAUAAGACUUAUUCAAAGUAUUUUGGGGUCAUUGGCGACAAAAUAUGUCGCAUGGGUCCCAAAUGGCAAAGAACAGUCUCGAAGCAGUUCUGUGAGAAAUACGACACCAUCUUCCAAUUUGAAGGCCCUCAGCUUCGCAACAUCGGUAAGUUUUUUGGCCACUUGCUCGCUUCUGAUGUCCUCUCGUUGCCAGACACAUUGGGUCACAUAUCCUUGACUGAGAGUGAGACGACGAGCGCAGGCCGUGUGUUCAUCAAAUUCAUCUUUCAGGAAAUGAUAGAAGAAUUGGGAGUUGGAGAGGUACAAAAAGUGCUUGAUGAUCCCGCCGUCCGUAGCCAUCUCAGGGGCUUGUUGCCUGUCACCAACGUGACUACUGCUGACCAAGACCAUAUCAUGUUUUCCAUCAACUAUUUUACAGCCAUUGGAUUGGGUGUGUUGACCGAAGAGAUGCGUGAGGUGCUAAAGAAUUUGCCCGAAGAGCCACGAGGUCGUAAGCGGUCCAGAAGAGGCUCGGGGUCUCUGGCGCUGGGCUCUUAUUCGAGGUCAAGUUCCUAUUCGAGAUCCAGGUCUGGCUCGUACUCGAGAUCGAGAUCUGGCUCAUUUUCGAGGUCCCCAUCAAACUCAGGAUCUUUUUCCAGAUCUCCUUCCAGAGAUGGAUCUACGGGUUAA